AUGGCAGCGCCAAUCGAGCCCAAGACACCCUUUGCGGUACCCACCCGCCAGCUCUCCCGAGCGACCUCCAUCGUCCAUCCUCCAGAUGUCGUCGCCGUCUUCGAUGCCGCCUCAGUCGGAGGAGGAGGUCCGCUUCGGCGUAUAUCGACGCAGCAGAGGGAAAGAGUAGAGCUUGAGGCGAGGCAGCGGGAAGCGCGGAUCGCCGCUGGACUUCCUCCUGAAGGCGGCUUGCUCGAUAGAUUUCGAUCCGGUGGUCGGGCCGCACGAGCAGUCUAUCCUGUACCGCUGAGGGAAGAAUUGUCACCAACAACGAGUCGCAAGUCGGUCGUACAGGACACCAAAGAGUCUCCACCGGAAGCUUCGGAAGAGCUCGAGCCUCACGUCUACCCAGAUGGAGGAUACGGCUGGGUGGUAGUCGGCUGCUGUGCAACGUUGGCGGGUCUGACGAUGGGCUGGGGAAUGAACUGGGGCAUCUUCCAAACCUAUUAUGCCGAGAGGGUCUUCCCUGGUGCAAGCUCGGCAUAUCUAAGCAUGGCCGGCACCUUCUCGCCCUUUAUGGGGAACCUUGUCUGCUUCAUCAGCGGUAGGAUGGGGGACAAGUACGGGUUCAAGCGCGUUCUGUACGUGUCCGCGGCGGUCACCUGGAUCGGUCUCUUCAGCGCUGCUUUUGCGACACAAAUAUGGCAUAUCCUUCUGACGCAGGGGAUCAUCGUGGGCGCUGGCCAAGGCUUGGCCAUACCCCUGUUCAUGUCUCUACCUUCGCAGUGGUUUGACCGGCAUCGAGGGCUUGCCAGCGGAAUCGCCAUCGGCGGGGCCGGUCUCGGUGGCGGCUUCUCUACGCUCAUGGUCAGGCCGAUGCUUAGCGCGCUGGGAACAAAGUAUACUCUAAUUAUCUGCUCCUUUAUCAACGCGAUUGUAACGGUUGCCGCUACCCUCCUCAUCCGUACCCGCCCAACAGCUCCCGAAGCCCAAGGACGCGGUAGAGGUCCGUGGAUCGACACAAAGACGCUGAAAACACCAAGAUUUAUCUCGAUCUUCACCAGUCUCUUGAUUGCUAUCCUUGGCUAUGCAAUGCCAUACAUCUGGAUGCCACAGUGGAUCGCCGUAAAUCUUCCUGAUACACCCACCUUCCAGACCGCCAUUCCUACCACUCUCCUCGCCUUUUCAGUCUGUGUCGGACGCGCCUUGUCUGGAUACGUGGCGGAUCAGCUCGGCCCUAUCAACACCUACAUCCUGAUCUACUCCCUUUCGGGCGUGGUCCAGCUUGCACUGUGGCUCACCGCCAAGAGCUUCGCGCAAGUUUGUGUCUUUGCGGUUAUGUACGGCUUGAUCGCACCCGGGUACGUCGGGUUACUACCGCAAAUCAUCGUCCAGGUCUUUGGCCCGUCAAAUCUCGCUACUAAUGUCGGCUUUCUUCUGCUUGCCAAUGCGCCUGGGAACUUUAUCAGUGGUCCGGCGGGAGGGGCACUCUUCGACGCGAGCGGACGUACCACCUUCAAAUGGGUGAUCAUAUUGGGGGCGUGUGCGCAAUUCACCGGGGCCCUGUUAGCUAUCUAUGCUCGAUUCGCCACAGAGAGGCGCUUCUGGACUCGUGUCUGA